AUGAAACCGUUAUUUUAUUUCUUGUUUUUUUCAGUUUUUGCGCUGUGUUUUAGUGAUGAAUAUGGUGGGUUCAAAAACAUUGAAUCUCUUGAACCCUAGACGUUCAAUAUUUCAGAAGUUCUGUUGGAAAAUCAGCAAAAGUUAUCAAAAUUCCUUUUCGACGAAGAAAAAUACGACAAAGAAAUGGCGCCAUUCCCCGAUGAUUCUUCGCAAUAUUUCAUCAAAAAACCUUGGAAUUAUACUCUAGACAUUAUUCGGCUCAAAUUAAUUGAUGUUGAUGAGCCAAAAGAGCAGAUAACGGUAAUUUUGCAAAUGAUGCAGACGUGGAAUGAUCGAAGAUUGGCGUGGAAAAAAGAAGAUUUUGGGAAUAUAACUGGAAUUUAUACGAGAUUGGAAAAAGUUUGGUCGCCACCAUUUAUUGCGUUUGGAGCGUAAGUUAGAAUUUUUUGAGCUUCGGGAAAAUAUGAAAUUUCUUUAACUUCAGAAGCUCAAAUCAGAUUGUUUUACAGAAGUGAAGUGGUGGAACAUCGCGAUCAGAAUCAUCGAAUGGUCAAAGUUUUUGAAAAUGGCACAAUUAACGCGCAUAUUCCAUUGAAAAUCACAAGCAAUUGUAAAAUGGAUCUGACAAAUUUUCCAUUCGACACUCAUAUUUGUGAUAUUCGUGCAGGACUUCCGGAAUACAAUUCAACUCAAUUCAAUAUCAAUAUUUGGUUAUCCGAUGAUAUUUUGAAUUCCUGUCUUUUAGGAAAUGCAGCAUGGGAUAUAGUCGAUAGUAGCUGCGGGCAAGAGCAUGUUCGAACCAAAGAUGGAUAUUUUGAUGACACAAAAAUGGGCGUCGUAAAACUUAUGAUUAAACGGAAUGCCUUGUACUAUUUAUACAUGAUUGUUCUUCCAAUAUUUAUCAUAAAUUCCAUAUCAAUUGCUGGAGUUUUUCUUAAAGAUACCGAAAAAAUGGAUAGAUUCACAAUUGGGUUAACUCAUAUCAUGACAAUGACUUUUAUCUUGGCUUUAAUUGCUGAUAAUCUACCAAAAAGUGAACAAAUCCCGCUUUUGGGUAGAUAUAUCAUUUUUGGACUUUGCACUAUGAUUGUAGCAUUGACAUUCUCAACGUAUUUAAAGAAGAUUUCCGCGUUUUUUGGGGAAAAAUUGAAGAGCACGAGAAGUUCGUUCGGGUGAGUUUUCAGAAAGUUUUUGGGAAAAAUCUCAUUUUCCAGCCAACGCCUCCGUCGAUUCAUUGGUUCACCACUUCGCAUCAGUUGCAUCAUCAUUUUUCAAAUUAUAAAUGCCUUAGCCGUUCUAUUUUUGAUCUAUCGAUUUUUCGCUUUCGAAUAUGAAUAUGGCAUUGAAAAUUGUGUAGCGACACCAAAAACAAUGGAUGUGAUAGCAGAACAUUUCAUGGAGAAUGGUUUUGAUUAG